UGUCCUUUCAAUCGACGGCCAGGCGGCUCUGUUCUGUGACACUGGGCGGGAGCCACACUGGCAGCAAUUGGCCUUUUUCGAUUCUCCACCCGGCUCGCCCGUGAAUUUUGGACCCUCUUGGCCGCCAAAGAGUGGCCUCUUUUUUUCCUCAACUUUCCCGUCAAUCAACCACGCCUGCAUUAUUCAACCCUCGGAUACCGAUACCGUCACGAAAACGUCACAGAGACGCACACGCCGACUGACUCGAUUGACCCUGCCGCCUCUAGACGCACACGGCUGCUCGCUCGCCCCUCGCCCACGCGCCGCUGACCCCCAGCCGGUCCCCGACGGCGCCUGCCCACGACGACGCAUGCCCCGACGACGGGCCCAGCAGUCGCCCAGCAGUCGCCCAUCCCCAUCGACGUCACGGAAUCGCCCAUCGGGAGCCCGCUCGAGAUCCCUCCCCCUGCCGCGCCCGCCUGCCCGCAGCCUUCCCCAUGACGGCGGUCGCGAGCCCUCCCAGUUUCGCCAACCUCAAUCGGCCAGCAUGGGGCUUAAAUGCUAACUCGAUGCACGCGCCAAACCCGCACCACCCCGACGACGCGCGAAGCAUGUUCACGCCCAGGAAACCCCUCCAGCGCACGAACUCGUCGUCGUCCGUCUCGAGCAACUCGUCCGUCUCGUCCUCGACCGGCACCAUCGUCAACGGCGGCCACGCAUCGGGCGCGUCGGCCGUCAACGGCGACGCCAACGGCCUGUUCAAGAGGCGAGGACAGCCGCAGCAAAAGGGACAAUGGUCACAGCAGCCGCAGUCCGUGCUCAAGCCCGACGGCGCUGACUUUUCAAGACCGCCCGGCGCCAGAUCGGUCCAGUCCAACGGCAACGGCGCCCCGCCCCCAAUGCACCAGGGCGCCAUGAUGAUGGGCCCCCAGGGCCAGGUCGCCCAGCAGAGCGCCAUGUCGAGGCCCGUCGCCGACCCCAUGGGCGGCAUGCAGCCCGCCGUGCAGCCCGUGCUGUACCUCCUCUCCCUCAACGGCACCUUUGAGCGCAAGACCAUCUCGGUCCCCUACUACCCAGAAACCCUCCGCAUCGGCCGCCAGACCAACGCGAGGACCGUUCCGACGCCCGUCAACGGCUACUUUGACAGCAAAGUGCUCUCGCGCCAGCAUGCCGAGAUCUACGCGGACCGCUCCUCCGGAAAGAUCUGGAUCCGCGACGUCAAGUCCUCCAACGGCACCUUUGUCAACGGGACGCGUCUGUCGCAGGAGAACCGCGAGUCGGAGCCCCACGAGCUGCAGACGCAGGACCAUCUCGAGCUCGGCAUUGAUAUCGUCAAUGAGGACCAGAAGUCCGUUGUGCAUCACAAGGUCGCCGCCAAGGUCGAGCACGCCGGGUUCCUCAACCCCACUCAUAACAUCAUGGACAUGAGCUUUGGGGACAUGGACCCCACCGGCGGCCAGAUGAUGCUGGCCCAGAUGGGGGGGAUGCAGGCUAGGGGGCGGAACGGCAACCAGCCGCAGAUGGGUAACAACGGUCGCAUGGCCCCCGCGGCGGGCAUGCCCGGCGCACAGCAGAACGGUCUGCUCCCGCGAAAUGGCAUGUGGAUGAGCCAGCCAUCUACCGAAGCCAUCGUCAAGAAGUUGCACCAAGAGAUGCGUGCCGCCAAACUGCAGUCAAACGACCUACAGCGGACGGCGCACUUUCUUGACGCCCUCAUGGGCAAGGAGGACGUCAGGAUGACGGACCGCCCGGAGACCCAGGAGCCCACAAAGCAACACGCCGUCAACGGCGGCAUGUUCCGAUCCGAAGUCUCCAAGGCGCGCUUCUCGGACCCGCCAGCUCCCCCGCCCCAACAGCCGCUCCCCGAGAAGCCAGACGUGGCACGGCCUAAUGGGGAUGCGCCGCCGCUGAAACGCGGCUCGACGGAACGACCCAAGUCCCAAAGCUCCCCUGUCCGACAGGAUAACCUCAGUCAAAUUCUGCAGCUGACGGAAACGCUCAACUUUGCCAAGAAGGAAAUCGAGGUCCAGGGGGCUCGCAUACGAGACCUCGAGAUGAUCGCCCAGAAGGAACGCGAGGGUCGGGAAAGCGCCGAGGCCCUUGUCAGGAAGCUGGAGGAUGCUGCCAUGGCGCACACCAACGGUGUCGCCAAGACGAGUCUUGAGGGGGAUAUUUUGGCAGAGGCUUUCGAACUUCCUACCGAGGCACCGCCCCCCGCUACGACGUGCCCGAAACAGGCAAUCCAAAACGAGGCUUCUCGUGCGGCCUCGCAGAUGCCCGACUCGGCGGCUGCCGACGCUGCGGCCGAGGCGGCGUCCAAGCUGCAGGCCAAACUGGACGCCAUCGUCAAGGAGAUGAGAGAUCUCAGGGAUGACCUCGAGACGCAGAGGAAGCGGGCCGAAGAGGCCGAGGCCGAGCGAGAUGUCGACCGCAAGUCGUUGGCCGAGAUGAUCCUGCAGCUUCGGCAGAGGGACGAGGAGAUCAAGAGGCUGUCGGAGGCGCCCAAGGCACGGUCUCGGUCCAGCCGGCGCAGGGACCGAAACGACACAAUCACGGAGCACAUCAAGCCCAAGCCCUUCGUUGGGUCCUUCCCCGAGACGCCGACGACCACGGGAAUUCCCGAGCACAUGGAGAGCAAGGGGCCGCCGCCUUUGGGAUCAGAGAGGACGAGCGUAGACCUCGCCGAGGACAAGCCUACGCUGUCGAGAUCCAGCACUAUAACGCCCCUGUCGAGCUCGCUCCACUCGUCGCGGGAGACGGCGGCCGUGCAGGCGGCACCCUAUGCGUCCAUGCUGGGCGUUGUGCUGCUCGGGGUCGGGCUAAUGGCGUGGAUAAACGGUUGGCAGCCCCAGCCGCAGCUCGACCGAUAAGGGAGGGAUCUCGCGGUUGCCCCGGUGCCACAUGUCUCUCCACUCCCGAUCCUCUUGUUCCCAUGCUUUGCUGUCAUGCUCCCUUAAUAAUGGCGGAUGCAGGUUUCGUCACGCAGACGCCGACGAGGCCCUGAUCUGCACCUGAUAUGCACCACUUCCUUCGAUGCACAUGCUUCUACCACCCCCACAUGCCGCCCCAGACCCCGCGAGUCUGGCCGACCUCCCUUGCCCUGGCUAACCUAGUUACAACGGAUGGGCCCCAUGGAUUGGGCCCUGGGUAACAUGACUCUUUGGACGACGCGCAUUAGAACGGCUUCGGAACGAACUUUUUUUUUUAACGCCCUGCAUGCAGGAUAUCCGGACCAACCAACGGUCCUCCCCUCCUCCCCUAUGUAUCUACUACUAUACGGCGACCGCUUAGCAUUUCCUUGGUUUUUUUUUGUCCUUGCCAUUAUUCUCGUUUUUUUCUUCUGCUUCAUCGGUUUCCUUUGUCGGUUUCUCUCUUCUUUAGCCUCAAGCGUUCAUUCUAUUGACCCUACAGCGGCAUGGAAGUCCCCUUGCUAGUGUAUUCAACACUCUGUACCAGUGAAUAAUGAAUGAAAACGGGGUGAAGAAACAUUUGGAGGGCUCGUUGUGCGCAGCCCCACGCCCGCCCCGAGUUUCUGUCCAUGGACACCAUGUUUGUCGUGCUUUUCCCCUGUGUUUAGAGUCAAAUGCUUAGCUUUCUAACCAUGCGCUUUUUUUUUUUUUUUUUUUUUUUUGUUUGUGGUUUGUUAUUUAUUUGGUGUUUU